ACUUUUUUUCAAGGGCUAAGAUGAGCAGAUCUGACGGUUGGCGACCCGGCUGAUUUCUCUAGAAAAUCAGCCGGUUGAUUUGUAGCAGUCCAAAGAAACGGCCGGUUUGAACUGAUGUGGCAUUUUCUUAUGUUGGAUGAGUCAACAAGCACAGGCCAUCAUUCGCAAAAAAAGAAAAGAAGCACAGGCCACACCAGCAGCCGACGUGCCAUAUAUGCCGCCCCUUGCCCCUUCCGCGCCUUAAGCCUAUUAAUAGGAGGAUUCCGUGCUUGUCUCUCACAGUUUUGCAGAUUUCAGCAGACGGCCAUAGCUUUGACCAUCCCCUUCUUCCUUCAACAUUUGACGGCCGGCAAACUCUUGUCCUCAGCUGAAAUUAGGGUCGCCUGCAGUGCAGCGAAGGCAGACGGCCAUGGACGGCGACAGCCCGGUGAUGACGGACAGCGAGCGGAGGGCGUACCGGUACGUGCAGGCGCCCAAGGUGCAUGGCCUGGGCGGCAUGAAGAACUCAUGGUCCAACGACUCUCUCUUCAGCCUCAGCUACGCCGGCGCGGGGGGCAGGGCCGUCGUCCACUCGUGCGUCUGCGCGCCAACCACGCACCCGGGCUCCUUCCGCUGCAAGCACCACCGCCAGAGCGCCGCCCACCUCGGCGCCGCCGGUCACGCGCAAGCGCAGCCCACGGCUGAGGCCGACGCCGACUCUAAGCGCAACGAGGUCCACGGAGAAAUGUCGACCGCGGAUGACGAGAAGGCGUCGUGAAGGGGACCGCGUGCGUGUGCUUCUUCGCGGGAGAAAACGUACCGUGCUGCUUGGUUACACGUAACCGAUGUAGUACGUGGCAAAGCUUAUUUCUCUGUCAUUUCAAAGACUUUUUUCGUGUGUAAGGAUGUUUAUUUGUUUUUUUUUGCGGGUAGAAAUUUGUAUUACUCAAAACCUCAAGUCCUUACAAUCCAUCGCAGCCAAAUUCAAAGCA